AUGUGUCGUCUCGCCGUCAACUUCGGGCCACAUACAUCAGAAAACGUGCUCGUUGCCUACCGAAUCGGCGGCCUCGACUGGGAGUUCUCUAAUGUCACGGCCAACGCGACAUACCAGUUUGUCGGCCCAUGGACGACUGCCCUCAAUACUACGCAGAACUCGGACACUAAAGCAUUUGAGAUGCGCGUGCAGAUUGGCGGAAUUUUUGUCCACAAAGAUGCGCAAUUAGUGAAGCCCCCCGAGUUCAACAAGACAGUCGAAAUUAUUGGCGAUUCGUUGGCAGCCGGCCAAUAUGCCACAUACGAAGGGCUCGCUUCCUGGGCGUUCAAUUUCGCCGCUGGACUUGGCAAUGUUGAAUACUCGAUCACAGCCUAUCCGGGUAUCUGUCUGGUGGAUCAGAAAUGCUAUGGAGGCACCGCGCGUGGCAUGACACACCAAUGGCUCCAGAUUCCAGACGUGGGAGCCCGCGCGAAUGCAACCUACGGCAAUCGCUCGGUGCCAUGGGAUCCAACUGCGCGACGGGCAGCCGACUUAGUUGUCAUCAAUCUGGGGACGAACGACAGUCGCGACCCCAACAAUAUCCCCGGCGGGGAGUUCUACAACGCAUACGUGGGACUCGUGGACGAAAUACACCGGGUUUGGCCUGCGACACAGAUCAUCCUCAUGGGGCUCUGGGGUGAAUUUGAGGCGACCGGGAACACCUAUGUCCAGAAACCGCUUUAUGUUUCGGAUAUCCAACGCGUAUAUCAGCACUUCGAGGGCCACGGGUUUGUGCACUACUUCGACACCAAGGGCAUCUUGCAACACAACGAUAUCGCCCCGCGGGACCAUCCCACGGACGUGGGACACUUGAAGAUCGCCAGCCAUCUCUUGCAGUGGGUGAAGAUCAAGCUGGGCUGGGAGUUGGGAGCGACAGGGCCAGAGGUGCAACAUGAUACCUUGUACUGGAACAAUGAAGAGGCGUAUAAAUAG